AAAAGCUCGAAAAAUGGGUCGAUCCAAUUCUCGAAACAGACCCAAAUUCCAAUAAUCCAUUCUCUUCUAUUUGAUUUCCAUUUCCAUCAGCCCAAUCAGCAAUCAUACCAAAAACGCCCAACCCACCAACAUACAUACAAUACCAAAAACGACCCGACCUCGUUUUCUUCGUGCCAGAAAACCCAACGCGCCUCCUUCUUCCUUUGUCCCAGAAACGUCGCAUUAAUUCGGAUAAAACAGAGGUUUAUUUCUUUCGGAAAUGAUGAAAAAUAGAGAGCUAGUUUUUAUUUUGUAUCGAUUCUUUGCUUGUUCGAGUUAAGCACACUGUGUUGUAGAAGCUUCACGGUCAAACUCCCAAUGCUCUGAAGAAGAAGCUAGCUUUAUGAUGGCUCCUUGGUGUGAUGUUCCUGCAGAACUUGUUGAAAGAAUCAGUAAAUUUGUGGAGAGUCAUAUUGAUAUCCUUCGAAUUCGUGCAGUAUGCAGUUCAUGGCGUUCAGCACUUUCUCCUGGUUUUAAAAUCCCCAAAUCUGAGUUUCCCAUCAAAUUACCCUACGAACCGCCUUUUCCCCACCAACCCAUGUUAUGUACAAGUGAUUUCAAAUCACAUUUUUAUUUAAUCGAAAGCAGUGUUUAUCUUAUCCAACUUCCUCAUCCUCCUCACACAGGCUGGUUGGUCAAGAUUCUAGAAACAGGACCCGGAAAAUUUAAGAUUUUGAAUCCUCUAACCAACAGAGUGAUGGAUAAUUUGCCUGAUACGACGAAAUUGAAUUUUCUAGAUUUUCGUGUUUCUCAAGUUUGUAAAUUCUAUCAUGUGCAUUGGGACUUAAACUACUACAUACAUUGUAUGCUAGGAUAUGAAUUAUUUAAUAAAGCCUUGCCUAUUUGGAAUGAUCAAACCAAUCAGUUUUCUAUAAUGGCUACUAGCAUUUUUGAUCACUUAUUGUGUGUUAAAUCAGGGGAUGACAAAUGGACUACCUUGGAACAUCCCACUCAUAGUAAGAUUGUCGAUAUUAUUGUUUAUAAGGGGAAUUUUUAUGCUGUUGAUACUUAUGGACAGACCAUAAUGUAUGAUUCCUCUUUGUCUAACGAUCACACCAUCGUAUCUUCCACAUUAAAGGUGUUUAACGAAUGGGGUACUAAGAAACGACUAGUCGAAUCAGGUGGGGAGUUGUUUCUGGUUGAUAUGCUUUUAGAUACUGAUGUUAAGACAAAGUGGCAUGGUUCUCAACCUUCAUGGAAAAGUCCCAAAGAAAUUAAGGUAUACCGGCUUGAUGAACAACAACAUGAGUGGAUUGCAGUGCAUACAUUGGGUGAUCAAAUUUUCUUUGCUGGUGAUGACUGUUGUUUCUCUGUUUCUGCAUCAAAUUUUGGUGAUCACUACUGCAGAGGAAACUGUAUUUACUAUGUGAACGGAGGUAUAAUUGUGGAUAGGAAAUGUUAUCCGUCAAAGUACUACGCAUACGACUUUGAAGAUCAUUUGGUAUCUGGUCUUAGCGAAGAAGUGAAACUUAGAUAUGAAGGAUUAGAUGGUCAUCACACAGGUAUCUUUAGCUUACAAGAUGGUAAACUUGGUUCAUUGUUAUCCUUCAUCGAAUAUGCAGAUAUUUUCUGGCCACCACCAUCUUGGAUUUUUACUACUGACGAUCAUCAGGCAGAGUUUUGGCACUUUGUAAUUGAUGAUAGACAUGUAAGGUCGUUUAAUGACACGCCCUACAUGAAGAAGGUUCCGUUUCACAGGAUUAAGGCCUGUGUACACAUCACCCUUCCCGGACUUCACUUGGGCUUACACUGUGUAUGUCAGUACCAAAUUUAAGUUGUUUCUGGUUGAUAUGUUUUUAGAUACUGAUGUUAAGUUGCAGAACAAUCAAUCCCAUGGAAAUACCGGCUUGAUGAAGAACAACAUGAGUGCAUGCGUUAGGUGAUGAAAUUUUCUUUGCUGAUGACAAUUGUUGUUUCUUCAUCAGAUUUUGGUGAUCACUACUGCAGAGGAAACUGUAUUUACUAUAAGAAUGCAGGAAAUAAAGUUAGAAGAUAUUUUGUGGCCACCUCCAUCUUGGCUUUUUACUGACGAUGCCGAAACUAUUUGAUAAGCUGGUGUGAGGAUGAGAAGAAGCUUAAUCCUAGACAUGUAAGGUCGUUCUAAAAGCUAGCUUGAUACUUAACUUGAAAUAUGUUUGAAUUUUAGUAUUCCUAUUUAUUCUAAUGAGCUGAAGAUUUCGAUUCUUUGUUUAUGAAACUCAAUGUCUUCGAUACUC